GCUUGAAUUUGAUAACAGAAAAGGUAGGAAAUAUAUCGAUCAGAGGAUGAUCACGUGGCGCAACCUUUAAUUUCCCCCGGCCCCUUCUCCUGUGACAUGUGGUUUUUAGUAUGAGCCUAUUAUCACAAUUAUAAGCCAACAUGAACAGGGGGCACUCAGGUUCCAUGAUCAGCAGCUGCGGCACCUCCGAGCUCACCGACGAGAAGAAGGACAGCCAGACCUCGGCUUCCCAGCACUGCCCAAGCUGUGGACACAGCCUCGACUGCAAUCCGAAGGACAUGAUUGGUCUUCCCGCUGGUGUCAAGUUUGAUCCGUCAGAUCAGGAGCUGAUAGAGCACCUUGCGUCCUUGGUGGAGGAAGGAGGCUCCAGAGCUCACCCUCUCAUAAAUGACUUUAUACCCACCAUACAAGGAGAUGAUGGCAUUUGCUACACUCAUCCUGAGAAUCUCCCAGGUGUGACAAGAAAUGGCCUCAGCAAGCACUUCUUCCACAGGCCAUCCAAAGCCUACACCACUGGCACAAGGAAGAGGAGAAGGAUCCAGUCAGAGCGUGGAUCGCAUGGCAGUGAAGAUGUUGGCGAGGCACGGUGGCACAAGACUGGCAAGACGCGUCCGGUGAUCGUGGGAGGGCGGCAGAAGGGGAGCAAGAAGAUCCUGGUGCUGUACAGUAACUACGGAAAACAAGGGAAACCGAAGAAGACCAACUGGGUGAUGCACCAGUACCACCUCGGCGACCAGGAGGAGAAGGACGGAGAACUGGUCGUGUCCAAGGUCUUCUACCAGACGCAGCUGCGUUCUACCACGGCAACGGUGGAACAUCACACGAUGGAUGGUGAAAAGGUGGCAGAGGCCUCGAAGGCAAUGCAGAAUGUGCUCUCUAGCUUUGCGGCUGAUGCCACAGCGGUGACUGUCGCCAUGGUGCCACACCGGCAGCAGAAACGGCAGCGGCAGGCUGAUGGCCAUUGCAGCUUUGCUCCUGCCAAGAUGUCUCAUGAGGUUGGUGUAGUAGGCGGUCAGGUAGCAGGUGAUCAAGGAGAAAAGCGUGACAGCCACCACGUACCAUCACAGCAUAAUGUCUUAUCAGAUCUGCAUGCAAAACCAGUACCCACCAUGUCUUUCCAUGUCGGUACUCCAUUGAACACAGUUUCAACAGCAAUAUCACCUGAAGCGCAAGACAGGUCAGUCGUCCUGGACAGUAGGUUCUAUUAUCCAGCAAUCCUUCGCCGAAAUGAAAAGAACCAGGAGCAGCAGCAGAAGGUUGGCCGCAGAUCUGCUGAAAUGGAAGGAUUGAUAAUUGCCUGCCAAUCAGCAAGCACAGAAGCAGGAGCAUCACCUGAGUCCAAGGAGGUCCAACGGCCUUAUCACCAACACUGGCCUCCUGAUCACAGCCAAGAUCAACAUCAAUUACAAUGUAGCUAGUAGCACCAAAUGAAGCUGAUAAUUAGUAUUAGACCAGCCGUAGCAGCAUCAAAUCAAAGCUUCCACCUAUUUCCUGGUUUUUCUUAGAGCUAGAAUUUUUUAAGGCUGCAAGUAUUGUUAUAGAUAUUUCCAAUUCUACUGGUAUAAGUUGUAUAAAUAUAUUCCAUUGUUUGCGACAA